CAGAGGUUGUGACGUAGCAGCUGUCGGAGCCGUUCGGAAACAUUCGGAGGCGUCCGCCGGUUGUGUGCAGGCUGCUGAACAUUCAUGGCGUCCGGAACAGGAGAGUCGUUAGGAGGGCACGAUGCAGAACUGGACGAAUUGUUGGACAGUGCAUUGGAUGACUUUGACAAAGCAGCUGCUGCUUCAGCACCUGAACCUGCAGCUGCUUCAUCAUCUGCCAACAGCGGUGCAGAGAAGCCCCCUCUAUUAGAGGACAGCAAACUUUUUGAGACUCUGUUUGAGGGGGACAUGGCGGCCCAGGCUAGGGAAGAGUGGGAGAAGGCCAUGACGGAGCUUGCCCAGGAGGAACCAGAACUUCUGCAGCACUUCCACAAACUCUCAGAGGCAGCAGGCAAAGUUGGCACUGAUACUGCCUCCCAGCAGGAGUUCACCUCCUGUCUUAAAGAAACUCUUCGUGGCCUUGCCAAGAACGCAGACAACCUCCAGUCCUCUGGGCUGGCUGGAGAUGACCUGGUGAAAGCUCUGGAAGGUUUGGGGCUGGAUGAAGGUGGUGAAGGAGGUGACGAUGGGAACAUCCUCCCCGUCAUGCAGUCCAUCAUGCAGAAUCUUCUCUCUAAGGAUGUCCUCUAUCCAUCUCUCAAAGAAAUCACCACCAAGUAUCCAGAGUGGCUGGAAACAAACAAGUCAACCCUCAGUGCUGAGGACCACCAGCGUUACCAGCAGCAGGCUAAGAUCAUGGGAGAGAUCUGUAAGCUCUUUGAGAACGAGGAAGAGGAGGCAGCAGAUAAAGAGCAAACGUUCGAGUGCAUCAUGGAUCUGAUGCAAAAGCUGCAGGAUCUUGGCCAGCCACCUAAGGAGUUGGCAGGAGAUGCGCCUCCCGGCUUCAACUUUGACAUGGACUCCCUCAACCUCCCAGGAGUGGGCGGGUCCGGGGCAGCAGAGCAGUGUUCCGUCAUGUGAUAAGGUGAAGUUGUGGUCCAUCAGAAGAUCUGAAACCAAACGGUCACUCUGUGUGUUUUAAACAUGGAAGGAGUGUGACCAGACACUAUUCAUGGAGAAGGUGUGAAAACAACAGGAAGGAGCUGCAAAAACCAAACGGAUCUCUGACACCAUUAAAGAUAUUUGCGAUAGUUUGUUAACGGUUGCAGACACUUCCCAAUAAUUAAUUUUAACAGAAUUUUCUGAAGAAGAAAUGAGCUCCGGCGUUGGUCGUGUUGAUUUUAUCUACUGUUUAGCUUCGUGGUGAGUUCUGUCCAGGCAACUCGCAGGUUUAAACAGUGCCUUUUCAUAAGGAGCUUAAGUUAUUUUUUUAGGUGAAGAUUCUACUGUUAUUCAGCUGACUUAAUUCAGUUACAAUUUUAAUGAUGUGAUAAUCGUGAAGAUGCAUCAUUAAUAGUUUAGACCAACCACAUUUUGCACGGGAUUUAAAUAAUGAGCUUAGUUUAAAACUGCAAGGAAAUUUACUUAGAUCCAUUCCCCUAAUAUUAUUCCCUAUUUCCAGGUUUUGAUUUGAAGUGGUAGAGGGGAUUCUCAGAUGGCUUUGCUGUGGUUACAGUGAUCAUUAUAGUGUUGAAUUACUGUGCAAAGCGCUUCCUGUGUAAUUCCUCGUGUUUUUUUUAUUUAAGCUGUGAUGGAGCCCCUGCAGGAAAGCAAAACUGCCAAAGUGGGAUUUUAGUGUUCAUCACAUGAAAGGAUUCUUCCUAUUGUGUUCUUUCCAGAAGAGAUGAGAGGCAUAUUCGAAAACAUAUUAUGUCACAUGAGGACAGAAACAUGUGUUACUCAUUCGGAUGGACUGUUUGUGGACACGUCAACACACUGAUGUUAGCACGUUUUGGCUCUGGUUGCUGGGUUUGUUUAUUCCAGCGACCACUUUUCAUCAGCGUCUCUUUGCCCCACAGACAAAAGUUUUUCUCCGCAACAAUAGAGAGAGGUCCAGAAAUAACACGGCCAUCGGCCCGUCUAUAACUGCACAAUAAAAGGGUUCCGUCAGAGGAUUUAGCUAUGCACUGAUAGAUCAGAUGUACAUCAGAAGCAGCUGAAUGAGAAGCUGCUGUGGAGGUUUGGUCACAUGGUGGGGUUUCAAGCUAAUCAGCUUUCAAGGCCAACCCAGCAUCCUGGAAAUAAAUGAAAGAAAACCUGUUAUGACACUACUGUGUUUUGUAAAUGUAACGAUUAAAACAUUCAAAUGUG